UUGUAGAAAUUUGCCUGAUGCAUCCCCUCGAUGUGGUGAAAACCAGGUUCCAAAUUCAAAGAGGAAAAUCUGAUCCCUCUGGGUACAAGAGCCUUGGAGACAGUUUUAAAACUAUAUUCCGGACGGAAGGCUUGUUUGGUUUCUACAAAGGUAUCCUCCCUCCAAUCUUGGCUGAAACACCCAAAAGAGCAGUAAAGUUCUUCACCUUUGAACAGUACAAAAAAAUACUUGGAAAUAUUUCUCUAUCACCAGCUUUGACAUUUGCAGUUGCGGGCUUGGGAUCCGGGCUAACAGAAGCAGUUGUGGUUAACCCUUUUGAAGUAGUCAAGGUUAGCCUCCAGGCGAAUCGGGAUGCUUUCAAAGAGCAACCAUCCACCUUUGCUAAAGCUCACCAAAUUAUUCAGGCCAAUGGGUGGGGUCUGAGUGGACUCAACAAAGGGCUGUCUGCUACUUUGGGACGUCAUGGAGUUUUUAAUAUGGUCUAUUUUGGAUUCUACUUCAAUGUGAAAAACAUCAUUCCUGCCAAUAAGGAUCCAACAUUGGAGUUUCUGAGAAAGUUUGGAAUUGGGCUAGCCUCAGGAACAAUAGCCUCAAUUAUUAACAUCCCUUUUGAUGUUGCAAAGAGUAGGAUUCAAGGACCACAGCCUGUGCCCGGAGAAAUCAAGUACAGGACCUGUUUUAAAACGAUGGCAACCAUUUAUAAAGAAGAAGGAUUUUUAGCUUUAUACAAAGGCUUGGUUCCCAAGAUCAUGAGGCUAGGACCAGGUGGUGCAGUGAUGCUGCUGGUUUAUGAAUAUGUUUACGAGUGGCUUCAAGAAAACUGGUGACCAAAAGUACUAAUUUCAGACUGAAAAUAAUGUAAAACAAUUCCUAUCAAAUAAAAAAAAAUUGGGCAUCAGCAUUUAUAGGCUUAAAAAAGAAAGGGAGAAUUGUACAAUGGUGGAAAAUAAAUGGCCUUGGUUACUGAAGGCCAAUAGUAGUAAAUAUUCUUCAGGGGGAAAAAGUUGAUAUAUUUCAACCCAGAUGCAAAUACUAUCCCACUAAGUAUUUUAAAAGAAUAUAAUGUAUGUCUGUCAAGCAAAUUAAAAGUGUUCAUUUGAACUAUCUCUUGUUGACUCCUUGACUGAACAAAUCUAUUGUUUAAGA